AUGCGGCAGCUGGGUUGGGUUUCUGCGCUCGUCGGGUUGGGCUCUCUUGCCUUUCAGCCGGCGCUGGUCGGCGCGCAAGGCGAAACCAAGAUACAUGAAGAGGGUCGCUGUGCGAUCCGUGGACAUUGUGGAAAGCAGUCCAUCUUUGGCGGUGAACUGCCCUGUCCCGACAAUGAUCUGGCACAUCAACCGGACGAUCCGUCGCGGCAGAAGCUGGUCAAACUCUGUGGCUCCGGGUGGGAGGAAGGACCGGUCUGUUGCCGAGAGGAACAGAUCGACGCACUUGGGAGGAAUCUGAAGCUCGCAGAAGGCAUCAUUGCCUCUUGCCCGGCCUGCCGAGAGAACUUUUUCAACAUUUUUUGCACUUUUACUUGCUCUCCUGACCAGUCUCUCUUUAUCAACGUCACCGACACAGAAGAAAGCAGCGCCGGUAAGACACUGGUCACGGAGGUGGAGAAUAUAUGGUCAGAGGAAUACCAAAGCGGCUUCUACGACAGCUGCAAGAACGUCAAGAAUGGCGCUUCCGGUGGCAAGGCAAUUGAUUUCAUCGGCGGAGGUGCGAAGAACUACACGCAGUUCCUGAAGUUCCUGGGUGACAAAAAGUUCCUGGGCAGUCCGUUCCAGAUCAACUACCGUACCGAGCCCAGUGGACCUGACCCUGAUGGCAUGACGGCUUUGUCAAUCAAGCCCAAGGCCUGCAACGACCCUGACAAGUCGUUCCGCUGCUCCUGUGUCGACUGUCCUGACGUGUGUCCUGAACUGCCUGCCGUGCACUCGCAGGAGGCAUGCCAUGUAGGGCUUUUGCCUUGCCUCUCUUUUGCAGUCAUCAUUAUCUAUUCUGCAUUUCUACUACUGGUCAUGGGGCUUGCUAGCUAUGUCACAUUCAAGGAACGACGAUUCCGCAAACCCGAACGAGUGCGUCUCCUCCAGGACCCGACACCAAGUGACGACGAGGAUGAAGAAGAGGUUGUGCAUCGCGGGGGCUACGUGGAGCAGCUGCAGGGAGUGUAUAAACCCAACUCUCUUCUCUCUGCGAUCUUCCACCGGGUCGGCGGGGCCUGUGCACGCUUUCCCGCCAUCACAAUUGUCUCCAGCUUUAUUGCGGUGGUUUUGUUAAGCCUAGGUUGGCUGCGAUUUACCGUCGAAACAGACCCGGUCCGGCUUUGGGUGAGCCCCUCAUCUGCGGCUGCGCAAGAGAAGACCUUCUUUGAUGAGAACUUCGGACCAUUCUACCGAGCCGAGCAAGCCUUUUUGGUGAACGAAAGUGGUCCUAUUCUGGAUUACCCGACCCUCGCAUGGUGGUUUGAUAUCGAAUCACAAGUGCGUCGAAGGACUUCGCCCAAUCAUGGUCUCAACUUGGAGGACGUUUGCUUCAAGCCAACUGGAGAUGCCUGUGUAGUACAGUCAUUGACGGGCUAUUUCGGUGGCUCUGUCGGCAGUCUCGACCCAGAUACGUGGCAGGAUCGUCUGCUCCACUGCACCGAGUCCCCCGGUGAUGUGAGCUGUCUCCCCGAUUUCCAGCAGCCCCUGAAGCCAGAGAUGAUCCUAGGCGGGUACGAUGACACCGGAGACGUUCUGGACGCCAAGGCGUUGGUUGUGACCUGGGUGGUGAACAAUUUCGCUCAGGGUACUGAAGGAGAAGAGAAGGCCAUCGACUGGGAGAACGGUUUCCGUGACAUGUUUGAUGACGUCCAGAAACAAGCUGCUGAGCGUGGUCUCCGCGUUUCCUUCAAUGCCGAGGUCAGCUUGGAACAGGAGCUGAACAAAUCAACCAAUACCGAUGCGAAGAUCGUGGCCAUUAGCUACUUGAUCAUGUUCGUCUAUGCUUCUCUCGCACUCGGAUCAGUCACGGUGACCUGGAAGUCUCUGCUGACCAACCCCGCCAAUGCCCUCGUGCAAUCCAAAUUUUCGUUGGGAAUCGCAGGUAUCUUGAUUGUGCUGAUGUCUGUCUCUGCCUCGGUGGGAUUGUUCUCUGCUGCGGGUGUCAAGGUGACCCUGAUCAUUGCAGAGGUGAUCCCAUUCUUGGUGCUGGCAGUGGGUGUUGACAACAUUUUCCUCAUCGUCCAUGAAUUCGAGCGGGUCAAUUUCAGCCACCCCAAUGAAGAGAUUGAUGAGCGAGUCGCUCGUGCUGUCGGCAGAAUCGGUCCUAGCGUGUUCUUGUCUGCCCUGACGGAGACCGUGGCAUUUGCCUUGGGUGCCUUUGUUGGCAUGCCUGCCGUCAAAAACUUCGCGGCAUACGCAGCAGGAGCUGUGUUUAUCAAUGCCAUGUUGCAAGUCACGAUGUUUAUCUCCGUGCUUGCGCUCAACCAGAGGAGAGUAGAGAGUCUUCGCGCAGAUUGUUUCCCAUGUCUCACCGUUCGAAAGGCGAACUCGUUCGGCCUGCCCGAGGAACAAAUUUACGAUGACCACGAGGCCGAGAGCUCCUUGCAAACCUUCAUCCGCCGGGUGUAUGCCCCCUUCAUCCUGGAUCGCCGAGUAAAGGCAGCGGUCGUGAUUAUCUUCCUGGGUCUUUUAACUGCCGGCUUGGCCUUCAUCCCAGAGGUUGCUCUCGGCCUGGACCAGCGAAUUGCGCUUCCUAGUGACUCGUACCUGAUCCCCUAUUUCAAUGAUCUCAGUGACUACUUCCGCACUGGGCCUCCCGUCUAUUUUGUGACGCGCAACGUUAAUAUGACGGAAAGAGAACAUCAGCAACAGCUUUGUGGACGAUUUACCACCUGCGAGGAAUAUUCGCUACCGUUCGUUCUGGAGCAGGAAUCUAGGCGUCCAAACGUUUCCUAUCUGUCUGGAUCCGCUGCCAGUUGGAUCGAUGACUUCUUCUACUGGUUGAACCCCCAGCAGGAUUGCUGCAAAGAGGAUGGCAAGCUGUGCUUUGAGGACCGUGUUCCUCCGUGGAACCUCACCCUAUACGGAAUGCCAACGGGGCCCGAGUUCAUCCACUACGCCGAGAAAUGGAUAGAGGCACCCACCGAUGCCUCUUGUCCCCUUGGUGGCAAAGCGCCCUACAGCAACGCCUUGGUCAUCGAUAGGCAACACACCAUGAUUAAUGCUAGCCAUUUCCGAACUAGUCACACUCCGCUGCGAAGCCAGGAAGACUUCAUCCAGUCCUACAUCGCGGCACGCCGGAUUGCCGAUGGCCUUUCCCGCGAGCACAAGAUCGACGUGUUCCCUUAUUCGAAAUUUUAUAUCUUCUUCGACCAGUAUGUCUCCAUUGUGCAGCUUACCGGCACUCUGUUGGGAUCGGCCGUCGCCAUCAUCUUCGUCCUGACCUCUGCCAUAUUGGGGUCGGUCGCCACCGGCGCGGUGAUUACCACGACGGUCGUGAUGACAGUCGUUGAUAUCAUCGGAACCAUGGCCAUUGCUGGUGUUUCUCUGAACGCCGUGUCUCUCGUCAACUUGGUCAUCUGCGUUGGAAUUGCAGUAGAAUUCUGUGCUCAUAUCGCGCGUGCUUUCAUGUUCCCGUCGCGCACUUUGAUGGAGAAGGCCCCCGCCAAGUUCCGUGGCAAGGACGCUCGUGCCUGGACGGCACUGGUCAACGUCGGCGGAAGUGUCUUCAGUGGCAUUACCGUCACCAAGCUGCUGGGUGUUUGCGUUCUGGCAUUCACUCGCAGCAAGAUCUUCGAGAUCUACUACUUCCGAGUGUGGCUCGCGCUGGUUGUGUUUGCCGCCACGCACGCCCUCAUCUUCCUGCCGGUAGCUCUCAGCUACUUCGGCGGUGGAGGAUAUUUUGAUCCUGCCUCUGACGGUGGCCUGGAAGCCAAUCUUGCAUCGCGGGGCUACCGCUCAUUGCUGGUCGAUGGCGGUUACGACUCUGACGAAUACUAAGCUCUUUUGCUCGAAUGAUUUGUUUUGGUAUCCUGCCC